AGUAUUUGAGUAUAUUAUAUGCAUUUUCAUAUUUUCAACUGAAUAGGUUAAAGAAUAUGUAGAUGGGGAGGUCGGUAGCAGCUUUCGGAAACUAUCAGCCAGCUAGCAACAGCUGACGAUGAUGCGGUGUCCAGUUUGCUAUAAUAACAUCACCAAUCAGGUUCAUUGUCGUGAUUUGGGUUUUUCUAGGCCUGUUGCUAGAUCUAGAUUCAGUUGCUUUAUAUGCAAAGUUGACUAUUAGUAAAGCUACCAAAUUUCUGUAUUUUAUGAAUGUUUCUAUUCUUUGUUAUUGUUUAGGUAGCCCCAGUGGUGUUACUAUGAUUUGAUGACAUUGGGGGCUUAGCCCAAAUCCAGAAGGGGAACACUAGUAGGGGGGUCCGUGAGGAUCCUCCCUGGAAGAAGACAUUUUCGUUUCAAUAGCUAAAUGCAUAAAUCUGGUUAAUUUUGAGAUUAACAUUGAGCGAUUAUAGUUAUUAAAGCUGCAGCAUGUAACUUUUUGGGUGGCUGAUCAAAUUCACAUAGAAAUGUGAAUCAUAGAUCGGUCAUUCUCAUUGAAAGGAAGUCUAAGAAGCGGGAUAUGUUCUAUGUGCGCUAUUUCUAUGCUUAUGUAUCGUUUUUUCUUUUACUUUCAGUUUUGUACAGAAGCUUCAAACAACUUAAAUAUAUACCCUACCAUCAAAAGUUUUAGAACACCUACUCAUUCAGAGGUUUAAAAAAACAAACUAUUUUCUACAUUGUAGAGUAAUACUGAAGACAUCAACACUAUGAAAUAACACAUGGAAUCAUUUAGUAACAAAAAAGUGUUAAACAAAUGGAAAUAUAUUUUAUAUUUGAGUUUCUUCAAAUAGCCACCCUUUGCCUUGAUGACAGCUUUGCAUGCUCUUGGCAUUCUCUCAACCGUUUCAUGGGGUAGUUACCUGGAAUGCAUUUCAAUUAACAGGUGUGCCUUAAGUUAAUUUGUGGAAUUUCUUUCCUUCUUAAUGCGUUUGAGCCAAUCAGUUGUGUUGUGACAAGGUAGGAAAAUAGUAUACGGAAAAUAGCCCUAUUUGGUAAAAGACCAUAUGAUGGCAAGAACAGCUCAAAUAAGCAAAGAGAAACGACAGUACAUCAUUACUUUAAGACAUGAAGGUCAGUCAAUACGGAAAAUUUUAAGAACUUUGAACAUUUCUUCAAGUGCAUUCGCAAAAACCAUCAAGCUCUAUGAUGAAACUGGCUCUCUUGAGGACCACCACAGGAAUGGAAGACCCAGAGUUACCUCUGCUGCAGAGGAUAAGUUCAUUAGAGUUACCAGCCUUAGAAAUUGCAGCCCAAAUAAAUUCUUCACAGAGUUCAAGUAACAGACACAUCUCAACAUCAACUGUUCAGAGAAGACUUUGUGAUUCAGGCCUUCAUGAUCGAAUUGCUGCAAAGAAACCACUAAUAAAGGACACCAAUACGAAGAAGAGACUUGUUUGGGCCAAGAAACACAAGCAAUGGACAUGAGAUUGGUGGAAAUUUGUCCUUUGGUCUGGAGACGAAAUUGGAGACGUUUGGUUCCAACCGCCGUUUCUUUAUGCGACGCGGUGUGGGUGAACGGAUGAUCUCCGCAUGUGUAUUUCCCACCGUAAAGCAUGGAGGAGGAGGUGCUAUGGUGUGGGGUUGCUUUGCUAGUGACACUGUCUGUGAUUUAUUUAGAAUUCAAGUCACACUUAACCAGCAUGGCUACCACAGCAUUCUGCAGUGAUACGCCAUCCCAUCUGGUUUGUGCUUAGUGGGACUAUCUUCAAAUCAAGUUUAUUUUAUAUAGCCCUUCGUACAUCAGCUAAUAUCUCGAAGUGCUGUACAGAAACCCAGCCUAAAACCCCAAACAGCAAGCAAUGCAGGUGUAGAAGCACGGUGGCUAGGAAAAACUCCCUAGAAAGGCCAAAACAUAGGAAGAAACCUAGAGGAACCAGGCUAUGAGGGGUGGCCAGUCCUCUUCUGGCUGUGCCGGGUGGAGAUUAUAACAGAACUAUGCCAAGAUGUUCAAAAUGUUCAUAGGUGACAAGCAUGGUCAAAUAAUAAUCAUGAAUAAUUUUCAGUUGGCUUUUCAUAGAGUUGAAAACAGCAGGUAUGGGACAGGUGGCGGUUCCAUAACCGCAGGCAGAACAGUUGAAACUGGAAUAGCAGCAAGGCCAGGUGGACUGGGGACAGCAAGGAGUCAUCCUGACGUAUGGUCCUAGGGCUCAGGUCCUCCGAGAGAGAGAAGGAGAGAAUUAGAGAGAGCCAAGAUUUUCAAAAUGUUCAUAAAUGACAAGCAUGGUCAAAUAAUAAUCAGGAAUAAAUGUCAGUUGGCUUUUCAUAGCUGAUCAUUAAGAGUUGAAAACAGCAGGUCUGGGACAGGUAGGGGUUCCGUAACCGCAGGCAGAACAGUUGAAACUGGAAUAGCAGCAAGGCCAGGCAGACUGGGGACAGCAAGGAGUCAUCAUGCCCGGUAGUCCUGAUGUAUGGUCCUAGGGCUCAGGUCCUCCGAGAGAGAGAAAGAAAGAGAGAAUUAGAGAGAGCCAAGAUUUUCAAAAUGUUCAUAAAUGACAAGCAUGGUCAAAUAAUGAUCAGGAAUAAAAGUCAGUUGGCUUUUCAUAGCCGAUCAUUAAGAGUUGAAAGCAGCAGGUCUGGGACAGGUAGGGGUUCCAUAACCGCAGGCAGAGCAGUUGAAACUGGAACAGCAGCAAGGCCAGGUGGACUGGGGACAGCAAGGAGUCAUCAUGCCCGGUUUGCCGUGAUGUAUGGUCCUAGGGCUCAGGUUCUCAGAGAGAGAGGAAGAAAGAGAGAACGAGAGAAUUAGAGAGCAUACUUAAAUUCACACAGGACACUGGAUAAGACAGGAGAAGUACUCUAGGUAUAACCAACUGACCCUAGCCCCCCGACACAUAAACUACUGCAGCAUAAAUACUGGAGGCUGAGACAGGAGGGGUCAGGAGACACUGUGGCCCCAUCCGAUGAUACCCCCGGACAGGGCCAAACAGGAAGGAUAUAACCACACCCACUUUGCCAAAGCACAGCCCCCGCACCACUAUAGGGAUAUCUUCAACCACCAACUUACAAUCCUGAGACAAGGCCGAGUAUAGCCCACAAAGAUCUCCACCACAGCACAAACCAAGGGGGGGCGCCAACCCAGACAGGAAGAUCACGUCAGUAACUCAACCCACUCAAGUGACGCACCCCUCCUAGGGACGGCAUGAAAGAGCACCAGUAAGCCAGUGACUCAGCCCCAGUAAUAGGGUUAGAGGCAGAGAAUCCCAGUGGAGAGAGGGGAACCGGCCAGGCAGAGACAGCAAGGGCGGUUCGUUGCUCCACUAUCAUUUGUUUUUCAACAAGACAAAGACCCCAACACACCUCCAGGCUGUGUAAGGGCUAUUUUAUCAAGACGGAGAGUGAUGAAGUGCUGCAUCAGAUGACCUGGCCUCUACAAUCCCCCGACCUCAACCCAAUUGAGAUGGUUUGUGAUGAGUUGGACUGCAGAGUGAUGGAAAAGCAGCCAGCAAGUGCUCAGCAUAUGAGGAAACUCCUUCAAGACUGUUAGAAAAGCAUUCUAGGUGAAGCUGCUUGUAAGAAUGCCAAGAGUGUGCAAAGCUGUCAAGGCAAAGUUUGGCUAUUCGAAGAAUCUCAAAUAUAAAAUAUAUUUAGAUUUUUUUUGGGGGGGGUUACUACAUGAUUCCAUAUGUGUAAUUUCAUAGUUUUUACGUCUUCAGUAUUAUUCUACAAUGUAGAAAAUAGUAAAAUAAAGAAAAACCCUUGAAUGAGUAGGUGUUCUAAAACUUUCGACCAGUAGUGUAUUUCAGUGGUUUAGAUGGUAGUGAUUCUCUACACUGAGGGCUUGUUUUGUCACAUAAAAGGCAGACUAUUUCGAAUUUUUGCAACCAGGAAAUGGCGGAGCGAUUUCUGCAUAUUGCACCUUUUUAAGAAUUUGGUAAAAAAUUAUAAUAAAUGUAGGUAAACUAUCCCUUUUUAAAAUAGGUCUUGAAGAAAGUCCUGCAGGGGAUACAUUUCCCCUUCAGAGGGUUUGAAAAUGUUCAUGAUAAUUAAUUUCUCCAAGUCACCUCAACUUCAAGAAAAAUCUAAAGGUGCUUGAGGAUUACUAGUUGCUGACACUUGUCAUCUUUUAGUACGUAGACAAGAUAUUUUGUGUUUUUGGUCUAUUGACAGGCCCCUUACCAUGUCUGCCUGGCAGCUUGUGAACACAAACGAAAUUACAAAAUAAUUGAGCUAAGAUAUGUAGUCUAUUUCCCAUUGACUAAAUUAAGUGAGAUUAAGUUGUUAUCCACCUUGUAUUUCAAUAUAACCUAUUCUUAUUUAUGACUUACAGUCAACAUGUCCAUGACAUAGCUUACCUACAUGAAUGACUACAAAAUGCAUUGCCUCUGACAAGCACUAAUAAAUAGCCUGUUUAGUGUGCAGGUCACACGCCUGAUAGUGAGGUUUACAAUAGUUAUCCACUGUGACACACUGUGUCAUCAUGAGAACAGUGACCCUGAUCACUGAAGUCCACUUUACUGUAAUCCUUCUCAUGGAUAUGAAGUGAAAAUCUCUUGGGAUCAGACCUAUCUAAAACUAAUGAUUACAUGUCUCUUUAGAAUGUGUUUCCGAGGGAUGCUGUAUAGCAGGGGUAGGCAACUAGAUUCAGUCUAGGGGGCGAUUCAAAUAAAUAAAUAAAUAAAUAUAUAUAUUUUGUUGAAGCAAAUGGUUGGGAGGCCGGAACAUAAUCAUAAUAAUUUUGAACACUGCAAGUUGACCACAAUUAGGCCCAAAAAGAGAUUGUAUUUGAAAAUAACAAUUUCAUACCUUGAUUACAUUGAGACACAAUCAUGUCUCUUUUUUUUAUUCGUGGGAAUACUUGGGAACAGAUUUAUUAAAUUAAACCCAUUUUUAGGCGAAUUCCUGGUGAUUAGUCUUUUUUUAACCAGUCUUUUUAUUUGUUAUUUUAAUUUUGGUCACAUUCUGGUGUUGGUGUGUAAAGCAAGGUCAGCUGACAGCACAAGGCAGGGGACCGGGGGGAGAACACACUGACAAGAACGUGUAGGCUACUGGGAAAGUAGGUUGUAGCUUUACUAGGUAGUAAGCACUUAGAGAGCGCUGAGAUAAGGUGUCGAGAAGGCCAAAGCUGUAAUGUGUGUUUGUCUUGUUGCAGAUUGAAAUAAGGGUUGACUGCUGGGUGACAAUACAUCCACUUUGAGGAUAAACUGACAAGCGGUCCUCUGUGUCCUGAAUGUCACAAGAGCCACAACAAACUUUAAACUUUCAGAGUGACCCCUCAACCCAAACUCUGAAUACCCUCAACUCAGCUCUUUAGUGUUGAAGUCUGUGUUGAACAGAGUAGGGUGAAUUUGAGGGUGUUUUAGGUAGUGUUUUUGGGGCUGUGCCAGCCGGGUGGUGUCCCAUGGCGAUUAACAGUGAGGCGGGGGACUGGGCCGAGGCUGGGAGUGAAGAUGCUGGUGAGAGGGCGUGGCUACUGCAGAGCCCCAGUGUGGAGUCCGUUCGCCCUCCUUUGUCAGACAGGGAGAGGAGUGGAGGGGUGUCUGCCACAGCCGCUGUCUUCAUUGUGGUGAACGCUGCGCUGGGGGCAGGACUACUCAACUUCCCCGCCGCCUUCAACAUGGCCGGAGGCGUGAUUGCAGGGGUGGUGCUACAGAUGUCCAUGCUGAUUUUCAUAAUCAGCGGUCUGGUGAUCCUGGCAUACUGCUCCCAGGUCAGUAAUGAGAGCACCUACCAGGAGGUGGUGCGGGCCUCGUGUGGGAAGGUCACCGGGGUAAUCUGUGAGGUGGCCAUCGCCGUCUACACCUUCGGCACCUGCAUCGCCUUUUUUAUCGUCAUUGGAGACCAGCUGGACCGCUUGAUAGCUGCAAUAGCUCAUUUGCCAGACGGUGUGGUCGGUGGUCACUGGUACAUUGAUCGUAAGUUCACCAUUUGUGCGACUGCUGUCCUGGUCAUUCUGCCUCUUUCCAUCCCCAAAGAGAUUGGCUUCCAGAAAUACGCCAGUGCGCUGAGUGUUGUUGGCACCUGGUAUGUCACCAUUGUGGUUAUACUGAAAUACAUCUGGCCUGAUAAAGAGAUGACGCCCGGCUACAUUCAAACCAGCCCGUCCUCCUGGAGUGCAGUGUUGAACGCCAUGCCCACCAUAUGCUUUGGCUUCCAGUGUCAUGUGAGCAGUGUGCCAGUGUUUAACAGCAUGAGAAGAAGUGAACUCAAGCCCUGGGGAGGUGUGGUCACCGUCGGCAUGAUCAUCUGCCUCUUUGUCUACACUGGCACAGGUGUCUGUGGCUUUCUGUCAUUUGGGUCUAACGUCAGUCAGGAUGUGCUGAUGUCAUAUCCUCCUAAUGACAUCGCCGUGGCGAUUGCAAGGGCCUUCAUCGUCAUCUGUGUUAUCACCUCCUAUCCCAUUUUACACUUCUGUGGCCGGGCGGUGCUGGAGGGGCUAUGGCUCCGUUUCCGCAGCGAGCAGGUGGAAUUGUGUGUGAGGCGUGAGCGGAGACGCAGGGUGUUGCAGACGCUUGUGUGGUUCACGAUCACACUCGUCCUCGCACUCUUCAUCCCCGACAUUGGCCGAGUCAUCUCCCUCAUCGGAGGCCUGGCAGCCUGCUUCAUCUUUAUCUUCCCAGGUCUGUGUCUGAUUCAGGCAAAACUCUCAGAAACAGAGGUCCGAUCUGCUAGCUGGCAUGGGAUGGUGGUCUACGGUGUCAUCAUGGUAACCAUCGGCACUUUCGUCUUUGGCCAGUCCACCGUCAAUGCAAUCUAUCAAGACUUCAUCCACUAUCCGGACAGCCAAUAGAAUUCUGACCAGGAAGGAGGAUGCAGGUCUAUGCUGCUAUUCUGAACUUUAUUGACUUAUAUCAGGAUGUGGAGGAUUCAACACACACAUGCAAACACACUCCCUCCUGUGACAUCUCCUGCAUGCCGCACGUCUUGUUGUCUCCCUGACGAUGAAACCGCUCCAUAGCAAGCACUCGUGUCACCCAUGGAGCGAUGCUCUAGGAUUGGACGAGAGUCCUGAGCGCAACCACUGACAAUGACUUUUUUUUUUUUUAAGAUUAUGCAAAUGCUAUGUUGUUUUUAUUACAUUUUAUUGUGGGAACAGUCCUCAGUGUUUUCGCCCCGUUGUGGGCUGCAGUACUAUAUCCAUCUUGACAUUCUCAGCCCCUCCUUAUGCCUUUCCCUGCUGGCCCAGCAAACACCACUGCACUACAGGUGGCAUCCCAUCCCUCAUGAAACUGGGCAGUGAGAGAGGGUACCUCUCUCUGAUGGGUGUUGUUACUGAUGAUUAAUGAACAUACUGUUUUAAGAGUGUGGCCAAACAUUUCCAUCCAUUUUUAUAGUAAUUUUACAAUUCCAAUGAUUGUGGUUUAUAGACGUAUCCUUCAACUGUAGUUCUGAAACCUGUGUAAUGUGGCAAGUGUAAAAUUUUAAUCGAUUUUGAAUGCCUUUGAGAUUUCAGAAGUCUGGGGUCUCAGGCUGAUUCCUGUGGUUAAAUGAUUGUAUUGGACCUAGCUUUAAACAGACAGAUAUUUUAAAUGUGCUUUACCGACAGAGAGAGAUUAGCUAUAGGCUACAGAAAGAGGUAAGGAACAAAAAUCUAUCAUGUUCAAAGGGAUUGUUCUUAAGGGCAGAAAUUACUGUUUUACAAUGACUUGAAUGAGAUUGGAAAUGCUUGAAAUUCAAUUACUUUUUUAUUGUUUUAUAACUUGUAUUCCAUAAUUGGAGCCAAGGGAAAUAGUUUUUUUCUGAACUGAACCAAUUUAGUAAUCUGGUUGAACAAUAAGCAGUCUUAUAUUAUCAUGAAUUCUCCUGUUAUCAAUCUACAUUUUAAUAAACAUGGUUUUGUCA